GCGAUAAAAAUAUUUAAAAAAUGACUGGUGACAGCUAAACAGAAGCUGUCAAUGCUGUCACGUCACGUGUCACGUAUCUGACGUAUCAACAAUUUUCGCAUCUUUCUGUCUGUUCCCGGCGUUCUUUGAAAAAGUUUUCAAUAAUACUCUAAAAAAUGGCAGACGCUGAUGAUCUAUUAGAUUAUGAAGAUGAGGAACAGACAGAACAAACCGCAACUGAAACGGCAACUACAGAGGUACAGAAAAAGGGUGUCAAGGGCACAUAUGUAUCAAUACACAGUUCUGGGUUUAGAGAUUUUCUGUUAAAACCAGCAAUUCUCAGAGCUAUAGUGGACUGCGGGUUCGAACAUCCUUCAGAAGUUCAACAUGAAUGUAUUCCUCAAGCUGUCAUUGGCAUGGAUAUUCUGUGCCAAGCUAAAUCCGGUAUGGGAAAAACGGCUGUUUUUGUAUUAGCUACACUCCAAGUAAUAGAUCCUACAGAAAAUGUUGUAUAUGUUCUCGUCAUGUGCCAUACCAGAGAGUUAGCCUUCCAGAUAAGCAAAGAGUACGAACGUUUCAGUAAAUAUAUGCCCAAUAUUAAAGUAGGGGUCUUCUUUGGUGGCUUGCCUAUCCAGAAAGAUGAGGAAACGUUAAAAAAUAAUUGCCCGCAUAUCGUUGUGGGUACUCCAGGAAGAAUUUUAGCAUUGGUCAGAUCGAAAAAACUUAAUCUCAAACAUCUAAAGCAUUUUAUUUUGGAUGAAUGUGAUAAAAUGUUGGAGUUAUUAGACAUGAGACGUGAUGUUCAAGAAAUAUAUCGUAACACUCCCCACGAAAAACAAGUCAUGAUGUUCAGUGCCACCUUAAGUAAAGAAAUUAGACCAGUUUGCAAGAAAUUUAUGCAAGAUCCCAUGGAAGUAUAUGUUGACGACGAAGCUAAAUUAACAUUGCAUGGUCUACAGCAACAUUAUGUAAAACUAAAAGAAAACGAAAAGAAUAAAAAGUUAUUUGAGUUACUAGAUGUUUUGGAGUUCAACCAGGUUGUCAUUUUCGUAAAAUCCGUACAAAGGUGUGUGGCCCUGGCACAAUUACUGACUGAACAGAACUUCCCAGCGAUAGGAAUUCACAGAGGAAUGGACCAAAAAGAACGACUGUCCCGGUAUGAACAAUUCAAGGAUUUCCAAAAGAGGAUUCUAGUAGCCACAAACUUAUUUGGACGUGGAAUGGAUAUCGAAAGAGUGAACAUCGUCUUCAACUAUGACAUGCCCGAAGAUUCUGACACUUACCUGCACAGAGUAGCCCGAGCUGGACGUUUCGGUACCAAAGGUCUAGCCAUUACUUUCGUAUCAGAAGAGGGAGAUGCCAAAAUAUUGAACGAAGUACAAGAAAGAUUUGAUGUUAAUAUUACUGAAUUACCUGACGAAAUAGAUCUCAGUUCAUACAUUGAAGGACGAUAAGAAUUUCAAGAUCUUUGAAGAAUUAAUUUUAAGAUUUAGAAUAAGAUUUCCACUAGGUUUAACGAUUUCAAUUUGUAUUAUGUUUCAAUGUUAUUGCAUUAGUAUUAAAAUAAAUGGUUUUUUUAUA